AUGGCGAACCCAUCUUCGGGCGCGUAUCUGGGCGAUAAGCCUCCAUCGCGCCGCUCAGGCAAAUCUUCAUCACGCUCUCCCGCUCGUUCCCCCGCACGAUCACCCGCGCCCAAUGGACGAAAGCAGCAGCAGAAGAAGUCAAAGCAGCACGUCGCCAGUUAUGCUUCCGAGGGAGUGGAAGAUCAUGACAUCUUCAAUCUUCCUGGCUCAGACUGGCAGCUGCUGUUCGGUUUGACGCUCAUUGCCUGCUUAGUGAGGCUGUUUAGAAUUCAGCAACCCACCAGCGUCGUCUUCGAUGAGGUCCACUUUGGUGGAUUUGCGUCCAAGUAUAUCAAGGGCAAAUUCUUCAUGGAUGUUCACCCACCGCUGGCGAAACUCCUCAUCACACUGGCAGGAUGGCUGGGCGGCUUCGAUGGCAACUUCGAUUUCAAGGACAUUGGCAAGGACUACCUCGAACCCGGCGUUCCAUACGUUACCAUGCGUCUCUUACCUGCCAUCUGCGGUGUCCUGACCAUUCCUACCAUGUUCCUGACCCUCAAGGCCGCCGGCUGCCGGACAACCACUGCAGCCUUGGGUGCGGGUCUUGUUAUUUUCGACAAUGCUCUUGUGACCCAGUCUCGUCUGAUUCUUCUCGAUUCUCCCCUCAUCAUCUUCACGGCCGCCACCGCUCUGGCAUGGACGAGUUUCACAAACCAGCACGAACAAGGACCGGCUAAAGCUUUCCAGCCUUCCUGGUGGUUCUGGCUAGUGGCAACUGGUCUUGGACUUGGUGCCACCGUCAGUGUAAAAUGGGUCGGUCUGUUCACAAUUGCAUGGGUUGGAAGUUUGACGCUUCUACAACUCUGGGUCCUGCUCGGAGACACGAAGAACGUUACCCCUCGAUUGUGGUUCAAGCACUUCUUCGCGCGCCUGUUCUGCUUGGUGGUGAUCCCAGUCUCUUUUUACAUGGCCAUGUUCGGAAUUCACUUUCUUUGCCUGGUGAAUCCGGGCGAAGGCGACGGCUUCAUGUCUUCCGAAUUCCAGGCUACACUCAACUCCAAGGCAAUGCAGGCUGUUCCGGCUGACGUCGCAUUUGGAAGUCGCGUCUCUAUCCGCCAUUGGAAUACUCAAGGAGGCUAUCUUCACUCGCACAGCCACAUGUACCCGACUGGCAGCAAACAACAGCAGAUUACUCUGUACCCUCACAAGGACGAGAACAACAUUUGGAUCAUGGAGAACCAGACUCUACCUAUCAUGCCUGACGACUACUCUGGCCCUAAUCUCACCAGCCCAAAGGCGUGGGAUGGUCUUGGGCCUAUUCACAUCGAAGACGGCGCCACUGUUCGAUUGUACCACAUCACCACCGACCGACGUCUCCACUCUCAUGAUGUUCGUGCCCCGGUCACCGAGGCCGAUUGGCAGAAUGAAGUCUCAGCCUACGGAUACGAAGGCUUCGAAGGGGAUGCCAAUGAUCUUUUUCGCAUCGAGAUUGUUAAGAGUCAUUCUGAUGGGGCUGUGGCGAAGAAGCGUGUUCGGACGAUUCAGACAAAGUUUAAGCUUGUUCAUAUCAUGACUGGCUGCACCCUCUUCUCCCACAAGAUUAAAUUACCAGAUUGGGGUUUUGAGCAACAAGAGGUUACUUGCGCAAGGGGUGGUACUCUGCCAAACAGUAUCUGGUAUAUCGAAGGGAACGUCCACCCAUUGAUGGAUGAAAACACGGAGAAGGUGAACUACCGCAAUCCGGGUUUCUUCGGAAAGUUCUGGGAACUGCAGAAGGUCAUGUGGAAGACUAACGCCGGUCUUACUGAAUCCCAUGCCUGGGACUCUCGUCCACCCUCCUGGCCAAUCCUGCGUCGUGGUAUCAACUUCUGGGGGAAACACUACCGCCAGAUCUAUCUACUGGGAAACCCAGUCAUCUGGUGGAGUUCUACGGCUCUCAUCGCUCUUUACAUUGCGAUCAAAGGUCUCGCGGUGCUCAGAUGGCAGCGUGGAUACCGUGAUUACAGCAACGUCACCUUCAAGCGUUUUGAUUACGAAGUUGGAAUGAGCAUCCUCGGAUGGGCAUUCCACUAUUUCCCAUUCUACCUGAUGGCUCGUCAAUUGUUCCUGCACCACUACCUACCCGCCUUGUACUUUGCUAUUCUCGCUUUGUGUCAAAUGCUCGAUUUUGUCAGUUACCGCUUCAACGCCUUCGGACUCAAGCAAUACCCUGCUAUAGGUCAGAGUAUAGCAGUCGGGUUUCUGGCGCUUGCUAUUACAGUCUUCACCAUCUACUCUCCGCUGGCUUACGGCAACGCCUGGACCAGAGACGCUUGUAACAGCGUUAAGCUCUUUAAUACCUGGGACUGGGACUGCAACAACUUCCUCACUUCUUACGAAGCAUACAGCUCCCCAGAGACAUCAGUAGUUCCUUCCAUCCCUGCAACCCCUGAUGCAGUGAAGCCUGUUGCACCUCCUGUCGAGCAACAAGUCGUUCAUCAGCAGGCAGCUCCUCAACAGGAGCUUUCCAAUAAGGCAAACAAGGAAGAUGUAGUUUCAGAGCAGCCCGCCGUCUCUGUCCCACCUCAAGAGGUUCGCAAGGAUCUGCCUGCCGUAUCCAAGGAAGAGCGCAUCGAGUACCGCGACGAGAACGGCCGGAUUCUUGGCGACGAGGAAGUAGCGGCACUCGCCGGAAAGGUCGAGUUCAAGACGCGCUAUGAGACGCGCACGCGGGUCAUCAAUGCGGAGGGAGUAGAAAUCUACGAGGCCUUGCUUGAAGCCCACGACGUAGUGGAAGAGGCUGGCGUUGCACCCCCUCACCCCGAUGCCGAGGGCCGUAACCCGGAGACGCAGGGCAAUGGGAAAGUGGCGGAGCCCAGCGAAUUGCCGCCUACGGUCGAGGCGGUCGAGGACCAAAUCAAGGAGAAGAGCGUGGAGGAGAAGAAGCUCGAUGCCAAGCCAGCAAGUGAGCAACAAGCUGCGACCAAGGAUUGA